AUGCCUACAAAAACUAAAUGCUCAACACCAACACCAACACUGACAUGUUGUCAAUCACGUGGUAGUCCAGGGUGGAAUGACAAGGUUCAUGCUGGAGCUGCUUCACGUAUAGAUGUUAAUAGUACUACGCCGCAAGAUUGCUGUAAAGCGGAUCCGGAUUGUUUUCAAUGGGAAUCUGUUGGUAAUGCGGGAUCUGUUGAUUUUGUGUGUCUCUUGUUCCCUGUGUUCCCUGACAAUGGUGAUGCUUGUUCAAACGGAAUCUUGACGCCAGGCGGAGCAG